GGUGGCCCUGUUGGAAAUUUUGAUAGGGUUGCCAUUUUCACUAAAUAUAAAACCCCCUAAUACAGUUAGUGGGGAAUGCAGGACGCACAAUGAGUUUUCUUUUGCGAGCGCUAAACACCACUAGAUGAAAAACCACUAGAGUUAAAAAUGGCAGACUCUGUAAUGAUGGGGAGCGCGUCUUUAAACUCCGGAAACCGCUCUGGGAGCAGUAAGACCAGCACAAGUCCUACAGAGAACUAUCAGCUGGCUCGGAGACGCACACUGCAGGUGGUGGUCAGCUCUCUGCUGACCGAGUGUGGCUUUGAGAGCGCUGAGAAAGCAGCGGUGGAGACCCUUACUGAGAUGAUGCAGAGCUAUAUAACUGAGGUUGGCCGUUGUCUGAAGGCAACCUGUGAGCACACAGCUAGAAGCACCCCUACACUCUCUGAUGUGGUCAUCUCACUGGUCGAAAUGGGCUUUAACGUGGAUACUCUUCCAGUGUAUGCCAAAAGAUCCCAAAGGAUGGUCAUAACUGCACCUCCAAUAACAAAUGCUCCAGUCGCCCCAAAAGCCCUCAUGGCUGGACAGAAGCGCACUCAUCCAACAUACAUCCCCAGCCACUUCCCAGAAUUCCCAGAUCCUCAUACAUACAUCAAAACACCAACUUUUCGAGAGCCUGUGUCAGAUUACCAGGUGGUGAGAGAGAAGGCGGCAUCACAGAGGAGAGAUGUGGAGCGCGCUCUCACGCGCUUUAUGGCCAAGACAGGAGAGACGCAAAGUCUUUUUAAGGACGACAUCAGUGCAUUUCCUUUGAUCGCAGCAAAGUCGAGCACCAUCCCUUACCUGAGUGCCCUGCUGCCCUCUGAACUAGAGCUUCAGACACUGGAAGAGACGGAUUCAUCUGAGCAGGACGACCAGACAGAUACAGAGAACAACCCUAAUAACAUCAUGCAGGAUGAUCAAAGUGCAGAUAAGGAGAAUGUAGUGCUGCCGCCUGGUGGUGUUGUGCCUACAGGGAAGGCCAAUGAGGAAAACAUGAUCGACAACCCAUAUCUUCGGCCAGUCAAAAAGCCCAAAGUGAGAAGGAAAAAAUGAAAACUGAUAUAUUGACUCGGCUACUCAGCUGAUUAGGAUGGAUGAAAACUUCUUAACACGUGCUGAAAACAUUGUGCCCCUUGAAGUUAUAGCUAACAUACGAGGAACCAGAGUCUUCUACAAAUGUAAUUUGGAAACCUGCAGCAGUCCAUCGUGUUACUGACGUUUGAUUCUUAUAGAAUGACAGACUGUUCAGAACAUCUGAGAAAUAUUAGAUGAAUUUCAAGCAGUCAACUCCUCAAAAGAGUAACACAGCUUACAGUUUAAUUUUGAUAGUUUGUUUUAAUAAGCCUUCCUUAAAAUAUAAUUUACAACACACCAGAAACGUGGCAUUCUCUUUUGAUUUGAGUAUCUGUUAUUCAUUUGUGAUUGGUAAUAAAUGUUUUUCAUUGUUUAUUUUAAGCAUUGUUUCAAAAGUACAAAAUGUUUCAAAAGUGGAAAAUUAAACCAGACCGUGAUGGUGUAAACAUC